UUCUAAGCUUUAACACUACGAGUCACGUGAUAUUUUCCCGCGCUCCUCUCUGAAUACCGCUUCGCGUUCAUGGCUGCUGAGGAGGAAAUGAUUGCGUGUAUCGCUGCGGUACCUGAGACAGGUGAGAGCGAUAGUGGCGGCAAAACUGCUGGCGAGGAGCCCGAGAAUACAGCGACGCCCGCCCCGCCAGCCCAGAAGCUUGGUAAACUUCCCAUGUCCCGGGUGAAGGCGCUAAUGAAGUCAGAUCCAGACGUGUCUCUGGCCAGUCAGGAGGCGGUGUUCGUCAUCUGUAAAGCGACGGAAUUAUUUAUUGAAACCAUUGCCAAAGAUGCGUUUGUCUAUGCUCAGAGAGGAAAAAGGAAAACCCUGCAGCGGAAGGACCUCGAUAAUGCAAUAGAUGCUUUUGAUGAAUUUGCAUUUUUGGAAGAUGACGGUGUAAUAAACAGACCUACUGACAGAAGGAAUCUAUUUACAGAAAGAGGAUGUUGUAAACGACAAAGCAAUUUUGUCUAUAUUGGACAGGAUAUAUCUGGCAGUCCUGUAAGUGUGGAUGUUGGAUUAUGCAGAUCUCAUUGCGGAGUUCCCCAAAGAUUAAAUUCUUACGGUUCUGGAUUCCCUGGGCUUCCAAAGCAUUCAUCAAUGCUGGAUUUCCUGAAAAAUAAAAAGUUACGAGAAAGAAUGCCUGACACAACAUUAACAUCAGGUUCAGAGCCAUCAUGUCCCCAUGAGAUGAGCUGUCAGCCGACAAAGGUUGGACUUGAGAGGGUUCUGCUCUUCCAUGGGAUUCAAGAAGUGGAGGUGAUCGAGGACUGUCAAUGUAAUCCCAUUCCACAGGAGUGCAUCCGAAUGCCAUUUCUAAAGACCUUCUUCCCAGACACACCCUUUGAGUCAACAGUGGAUGUUGGGAAGUGUUCAAGUCCUACAGUUAGUUCAGGUCUCCAGUGUGCCCCAACUAAGUUUGACACUGUAGUGGUUGAAAGUCCAAAUGGAGCUGAAGUAGUGCAGACUGUGGAAAAAUGUGAGAUGAAGGAGAACUGCUACAGGGUCACUUAUCUUGAAUUUUACUAUGAGGUCUUAUAUAAUGCUAAGGGUGGCAAAGAAGAAAGACUUAAGGAAAUUGAUGUAGGACGGUGCUUAGGAGGCUGUUCAUCAGGAAAUCAUUGUCUACUCAGGGAUUCUCGAAACAGGGAUCACUGUUUGGUGUGGGCUGAAGGAUCAGGCAAUGGUUGUGUACCUCAAGAAUAUGAAACACAUACUUUCAGAAGCAGAAAUGGACACAUACGCUCUGUGUUAGCCAUUAAGACAUGCAAAUGUCAAAUGUGAAAGUGGCAAUACAUUUAUUGGGUAUUUUAUAGCUUAUACUUAUAACUGGUGCUGAAUAGAUACAUUGUAUUACUUAUAAUAUCAUAUUGUAUCAUCUUGCUCUUAUCACCAGCUCUAUACUGCAUUAUGAGUGAUAUAACAUAUCCAUUCAACAAUAGUUAUUUUGCUUUAUAUAAAGCCCAGGAACUCCAAAAGUUGUCUUCUUAGCACUAUUACUAGUGGUCUGAGAUAUAGAUGCUCAGCUACAUUUUGCCCUAAACAAAGGCACUUUAAUCUAGAUUCCUAUGUGUCAAUGUAAACUAUUUGGCACUGGAUAGAAAACACAUUUCUUAUAGCAAAGGUUGACCGUGGUUAUUGUGUUUUAAGCAAUGUUAUAGACAUGCAUCAAAACUUUACAAAAAAAUUGUAGCUGAUCACAGUUCAGCGUUUAUUUCUUAACCUGUUCUUGAGAAAUGAACCAUUGCAGAUGGCAUACAUAAGGCUGUGGUCAUGUCUUCAUGGGGAUUUAGUUACAAAAUGAAAUCAUGAUUCAUUUGUGAGUCUGUGUCACAACAGAGCUUUAGGCUAGGUUCACACUAUGAAAUUUUCACCUGCAAUUUUGCUUUGAAAUUGUAGGCAGUAAUUCUGCUUGCUAAACGGUAUAGUGUAGUGAAUGGGUUUCCGUUCACAAAUUCACACUGUGAAUGAAAAUCCUCUUGGAAAUUUCUGCCUGAAGAAUGGCGUUGCUCAUUCUUCAGGCGGAAAUACUCGCGGAACACAUUGCAGUCUAUUGGAGACUACAGUGUCCGCACUGUCCUAGCGCCGACUGGCCGCAUUUGGAAUCUACGGGCGUAAAUUUUCUGCCUGGAGAUUCUGCAGUGUGAACCUAGCCUAACAGCAACCAAGAAACCCUACUGAAUUACUAUGGUGUUCAUCAUGUUUCUCAGAGAUGUCUGUCAUUGUGACAGGAAAAAUAAUUCUGUAUGCAGAAGUUCUGUCAAGAAUGACAGAAUUGGCAGUCUCCAGCACAUAUGUGAGCAUAGCCCAGACCUUUCUGUAACCAAAAAAAUGUAAACAGAAAUUAGUAGUCAGAUAUUUAAAAUAACUAAAGACAAUUAUGUAGUUAUAUAUCUGUAAAGUUCAUAUUUUUAUAGUGCCUUAUAUUGGUAACAGAUAAAUUGAUGGCAAUGGUGAUCAUAUAUACUGUAUAACAUAAACACUAAUGUACACCAAAAAUUAAGUAGUAGCGAACAUUUAAGUAAAAAUGUUGACAUUGAGUGGAUUGAAACUUUGUUAUGCUCAGCAGUUAAAAGCCUUUGCUUGUCAGACAACUUGGCUUUCAAUCAACCUAUUCUUUUUUGCUCUUAGAGAAUAAUUUAAAUAAAAUCCAAAUAUUUGAAAAGUAUCUAAAGUAAAUGCUAUCUGUCCAAUGACAUGUAGGAGCUGUAUAAUUGUAAAUGUAUAUAUGUAUAUGUAGUGUUGUAAAUUGUAAAUAAAUCAUAUUUUGAAUAAAGCUUUAUACAAUAGCAAUACAGUUGUU